AUGUCGAAACCGGGCACGAUCUUCACCCUCAACCCUAACCCCAUCUUAUUCCCCUCAAGGCGACAGCGGAACGUGGGCGUACACGGCUGGAAGGGCAACUGCGAGAAGCUGCACGACUUGGUCGAUAUCGCCGAUUGUACGGACGCGGUAGAUGGCAACAGAGAGGAGUGUGCGUUCCUCGACAGCGAGCCCGACACCCCCACCCCGCGAACAGACGCCACCGCCUGCAACUGGCUUCCCGUUCACCUUCGCCCUCCAAAUCCACCCCCAAGUCCUCCUGCCAUUGUUGAACGCUCGCUCAGUCCUCCUCAGGAUGCUCCCCCGCAGGUCCCGCAUGUUGUGCACAGGACCAAACCCAACGCAUUUGGUCUCUAUCGUGAAUACACUUACCAACCGCAACACGAUCCGGAGGAUGACAAAACAUUCCGAGACCUCGUAGACUCGGUUGCCUUCCCUCUUGUUGCCCCCAGGACUACAAACAAGGCCCCGUCUGCCUUCAGACAGCUGAACAACAACUCUGCGACAACCUUGUCCGGCUCGGAAUCCCAAUCCUCAUCGACUGGUCCCUCUCGCUCAAACACACCCCUCCCAGACUCCACUUACGCCCCCCUCCGCAACGCAUCCGAAUAUCAUCUGCUUCGUUGGCAAUCAUCCACAUCCAGCGCGACAUCCAAUCAAGCCGUGAACUCACUCGUGCGCGACGUUAUUCAUGCCCCAGGCUUUUCGCCCUCCCAUUUCCCUCCCAACUUCACCAUCCAAGGGGCGCGCACACGAUUGGAGAAGGGUCAGGUCGGCGACUCGGAAGGAUCCCCUUUGCGGCGGGAAGACGGGUGGAUCAAGACUCGCGUCAAGAUCCAUGUCCCCAAAGAAGGUCGCAAAUUCAAGUCUGAGGAGGACGCACCAGUUUACGAGGUCGAAGGUGUCUACAUUCAUGACUUUAUGGCUGUACUCGAGUGCAUGUACGGCGGGCCCGCCGCCGCGGAUUACCACUGGGUGCCCCACAAGCUCUUCUGGCAGCCCCGCAUUGAGGCCCGCAUGCGCGAUCCCUCUACAGACAAACGUGCAUCAACCGAAGCAGCCCCAUCCCGGCGCACUGUGUACCAUACUGUCAUGGACGUUGGACAGACGCCCCUUUUUGCCGCCCAUUCCCCUCCCCUUGACGCCCACCUUCCAUUUUCGGACCAUUUCCUUUCUUAG